AUGGAAUACUGUCCCGUUUACGCACCUUUCUUUGGCUCCAUGGGCUGCACUGCUGCCAUCGUUUUUAGCUGUCUCGGAGCCGCGUAUGGCACUGCCAAAUCUGGUGUCGGUCUCUCUGCUAUGGGUGUCCUUCGUCCUGAUCUUUUGAUCAAGUGUAUUGUCCCCGUUGUCAUGGCUGGUAUCUUGGGUAUUUAUGGUGUCGUUGUCAGUGUCUUGCUUUCCAGUGGUCUUGCUUUGAAGCAGACCUUGUUUAGCGGUUUUAUCCAGUUUGGUGCUGGUUUGAGUGUUGGCCUUUCUUGCUUGGCCGCUGGUAUUGCUAUCGGUAUCACUGGCGAUGCUGGUGUUCGUGCUACUGCUCAACAACCCAGAAUGUUUGUCGGCAUGAUCUUGAUUCUCAUUUUCGCUGAAGUCUUGGGUCUUUACGGUCUUAUUGUUGCCCUUAUUUUGAACACCAAGGCAUCCGGUUCUGAGAGCGUGUGCAACUAA